AUGUCGGCAAGAUCCAUUACCGUCUUCCGCACCGCCCUCCGCCCGGCGUUUGCCUCCCGCUCCGUGAUUGCCCCUUUUAGUACUACUGCUCCGGCCCGAGUCACCGCCUACGGGGGCAAAGAUGACCUUGGCGGCCCCGCUGGCCAGAAGCGGCCAGGCGGAACUGACGCUCUUAAGCGUAAUUGGAUGGCUAUUGGUGGUGCCGCCAUCGCCGUUCUCAUAGGCUACAACUGGGUCAUCAAGAACCCCGAGGAGGCAAGGCAACAGCGUGAUAAGACAAUGGGCGAAAUGAGUGGGAGGACAAAGACAGAGAUGGGCAGCUUUCGACAUGACUGA